GGUGUGGAGAGCGCCGGGUCCCCGAGCCGGCGGCCUGAGGGAUGGACGAGACGAGCCCGCUAGUGUCCCCCGAGCGGGCCCAACCCCCGGAGUACACCUUCCCGUCGGGCUCCGGAGCUCACUUUCCGCAAGUACCGGGGGGCGCGGUCCGUGUGGCGGCGGCCGGCUCCGGCCCGUCCCCGCCGAGCUCGCCGGGCCACGACCGGGAGCGGCAGCCCCUGCUGGACCGGGCCCGGGGCGCGGCGGCGCAGGGCCAGACCCACACAGUGGCGGUGCAGGCCCAGGCCCUGGCCGCCCAGGCGGCCGUGGCGGCGCACGCUGUUCAGACCCACCGCGAGCGGAACGACUUUCCGGAGGACCCCGAGUUCGAGGUGGUGGUGCGGCAGGCCGAGGUUGCCAUCGAGUGCAGCAUCUAUCCCGAGCGCAUCUACCAGGGCUCCAGUGGAAGCUACUUCGUCAAGGACUCUCAGGGGAGGAUCGUUGCUGUCUUCAAACCCAAGAAUGAAGAACCAUACGGGCAACUUAACCCUAAGUGGACCAAAUGGCUGCAGAAACUCUGCUGCCCCUGCUGCUUUGGCCGAGACUGCCUUGUUCUCAACCAGGGCUAUCUCUCAGAGGCAGGGGCUAGCCUAGUGGACCAAAAACUGGAACUCAACAUUGUACCCCGUACAAAGGUAGUAUACCUGGCCAGUGAAACCUUCAACUACAGUGCCAUUGACCGAGUAAAGUCCAGGGGCAAGCGGCUUGCACUAGAGAAAGUGCCAAAAGUUGGGCAGCGGUUUAACCGCAUUGGGCUACCACCAAAGGUCGGGUCAUUCCAGCUCUUUGUUGAAGGCUACAAAGAUGCAGACUAUUGGCUGCGGCGUUUUGAAGCAGAACCUCUCCCUGAGAACACGAACCGACAGCUACUAUUGCAGUUUGAGCGGUUGGUGGUGCUGGACUACAUCAUUCGCAACACUGACCGAGGCAAUGACAACUGGUUGAUCAAAUAUGACUGUCCAAUGGAUAACCCUAGCUGUCGGGACACAGAUUGGGUGAUGGUGAGGGAGCCUGUUAUCAAGGUGGCUGCCAUAGACAAUGGGCUAGCUUUCCCACUGAAGCAUCCUGACUCCUGGAGGGCAUAUCCUUUUUACUGGGCCUGGUUGCCUCAGGCGAAAGUCCCAUUCUCUCAGGAGAUCAAAGAUUUGAUUCUUCCAAAGAUUUCAGACCCUAACUUCGUCAAGGACUUGGAGGAAGACCUAUAUGAGCUCUUCAAGAGAGAUCCUGGUUUUGACAGGGGCCAGUUCCAUAAGCAGAUUGCUGUCAUGAGAGGCCAGAUCCUAAAUUUGACCCAGGCCCUAAAAGACAAUAAGAGUCCCCUGCACCUCGUCCAGAUGCCACCUGUGAUUGUUGAGACGGCCCGUUCUCAUCAACGGUCUGCAAGUGAAUCCUACACACAGAGCUUUCAGAGUCGGAAGCCCUUCUUUUCAUGGUGGUAGCCCCAGAGGCAGGCAGAAGAAAUCCUGCAGGAGACAGGCUGGGAGGAAGCCAGAGAAACUGGUGCACAGCAGAGCCUUUCAGAGCCCUUCCUCUUUGCUCGACACCUCCCUCAGGGCUUUCCUACCCACAGGGAGAAGCACAAUCAGGGACAAGCGUGCUCCUGGACCUUCAGAGUGUUGGGGAGGCUCAUGUCCAGGCACAGAGCCCAGGCAGCUAAGGAGGAGCAGCUCCCUCCUAGCAUUUGGUGGCUGGUUGGGAAAGUCCCAUCUCUCCCUAACAACCCUCUCCAUCCAGGCUCCCUAAAAUAUUCUGCAUCAGAAACAAACAAAACAAAAACAACAGAAACAAAUUUAUAUGCUUAUAGGAAAACCCAUAUUAGAUCCUCUGACAUCAGAAGCCCUUAAUCUAGAACCUAAAUUUGUUCAGACAGAGGCGCUCUGAUACUUAGCAGUUGUUUGUUUACUCCAUGAACUGAGCUGUCAGAGACCUAUUGCUGGCCCACAGACAGAAGCCAUUCCUUUCUGGUUUUGCCAAAUUGACCCUCCUCUUGCCACACUGGUACUGACUUCUUGUGGCAACGAGCAGGUUCAUGUUCUGCACCUCUAAGAGGCUCUGCACACAGUCCUUUUCAAUGCCCUGCUGUAACUUGUCCGGCACUCAGCUGAAGCAGGAGAGGCAGCCUUGGCAGUUGUGUUCUGCUAGGAAUGGUUGUGUAAGGUGGAAGUGAUUGACUUAGCCUGCUUGCCUGACGGGUGCUUAGGAGGGUUCUGUGGGGAGCCUGGCACAGCCUCACUUCUGGUCCUUAGUCCCCAUGCUUUCCUACUUUUCUAUUUCUGUUAAUCUAUUUCCCCCAAUUUUUAAAUGAGGAGUUCAGUUUGGGUUCUGGAGUGGCUUUCAGCAGGGGUUGUAGGUCAGUAGGUUCAUGAGCGGCCAGGACAGUGUCUCUGUUCCUGUUACCACUGCUGCCUGGAAAAAAACAGGACCUGUGUUGUGCCUCCUAACUGGCUUGCCCCUUGGCUCCCUGCCUUCUUGUCCUGGGCUGGUUUCUGCUCAGCUUCUUAAAGAGAGGCCUUCCAACAGUCCCCCAGUGCCUGCCCAGCUCAACGUGCAUCUUCCUGCUUCCAUGUCUUCUCCCUUGCCAGGUGUUUGAACCCUUUCUACACCAAAGCAAAGAAUUGGCUUCAGGAGGGAGUGGAAAGGGGGCCUCAUGUGGCCGAGAGGCAGCAGCAGUGUUCACACCCUGUGCUGUGGACCCUUGAGUGUCUCAUCCUCUACAACUGGUCAGUCAGCCUUGAAGAGAAAUGUCCUGAAGGCUUGAAAAAACCAAAGAACAGGAGUGAGGAGCACAGCUGUGCCUCACCUGGUUGCCUGGCUCCCAUCACCCAGAGGCAGGGCAGAAGACACAGCUCCGUCAGGUGGAGCAGGAGCCAGCUUGCUGUGGGCUUCCACUCAGCUACACGAAUCUCUUUGAGCACUGGAUAUGCAUGCCCUAAGGACAAAGUCACUGUUGUUUGCCCCGUCUUGACAAUCCCAUCCAGCCCACGUGGACUCUGGCCUCAGAACCAUGUUUGAGAGAAGCCCUGCUUCCUCAUCACAGAGGCCAGCAGGGUCCAGCUAUGUGACGUUCUUCACAGAUAUCUUCACAUCAGCCUGUUGGUGAGACUCCCCACUGGAGUACUGGAGAGAGCCAGCGGUGCCUGCAGAGAACUUAGUGCUGCACCAGACUCUCGUGCACCGUCUCCUGCUCCAGGUCAGGUCUACCGUCAGGAGGAGAUUGGGUCCAAUGCCAGGCCCCGGUGGGCAAGGGUGCAGGCGGCCUUCCCUGCCUCCCUCCCUUGAAGCCUGUACUCAAGUUGCCUUGAAUGUGGACUUGGGAGUGCCAGGAGCUCAGAGUGUCAGGUACUUCAGAACAGCCGUCCCUCUGCCAGCCUGUCCCCUAUGUCUAGGAGCAGAAGCUGGUUGGUGAGCGCUGCUGCCCUGUUCUUCUAAUGCACUGUAGAAAUUGUAUGUAUUGUAUUUAAAUCAAUGCAAAUGUAUGAAUAACAAAUCCAGUUCUGA